CAUCAAGUCACUUCACAUCAUGGUGAGUAGUCGUGGCACAUCGUCGCAGUGACUGUCGCAUAUGCUCGCAGUAUAGCCUCAGGCACUCUUCUCCAGAGACACCUUCGCUUCUGCUCGACAAACGAGGGACAAGUGCUGACCAAAGACGAAUCUCCAUCUUCCUCUCCCUCGCCUCGUACCGCUCCUCGCACCACCUUCCCUCACUGCCUCAUCCUCCUCCUCCUCCUCAUCAUCAUCAUCAUCUACGCUACUCCCACGAUGCAUGUCAUGGCCUCACAGGACGCCUCCGCCCCCGUCACCCUGCGCACCCGCAAGUUCAUCACCAACCGCCUUCUGCAGCGAAGGCAGUUUGUCCUCGAUGUCAUUCACCCAUCGAGGCCAAACGUCUCAAGGGCUGAGCUCUCCGAGAAGCUCGCCAGCCUCUACAAGGCAAACAAGGAGCAGGUCGUCGUAUUUGGUAUGAAGACCAAGUUCGGUGGUGGUCGAUCGACUGGAUUCGGAUUCAUCUACGACACUCGCGAGGCAAUGAACUUUGAGCCCAGGCACAGGCUCGUCAGGGUCGGUCUCGCCAAGAAGGUCGAGAAGCCCAGCCGAAAGCUGCGCAAGGAGAGGAAGAACCGUGCAAAGAAGGUCACUGGUGUUGCCAAGAAGAAGGCUGGAGACCCGGCCAAGAAGAACGAACUCUUCCUCGACGACACACCGGAGCUCUUUCCAGCAACUGAAACCAUUACGACCACCCCAGCAUCGACAGACCUUCCUUCAUCGUCUUUGUCUCCAUCUCUUCCUUCAGAUCCAGCUUCUGACUUUGUAGACUUCAGCUUUGAUCCAGAAGGACAGGAGUACCAACACUUCGAAGCUUCCAUCAACCAGCAGGAAGAGGAAGAGCGAGAACUACUCCAAGACUAUCUCGACCACGAGCCUCCAUCUCCCUGUGCAUUUGACGAACAAGACUCGCCUACACUUGCCAAGCUAGACAGUGCGCAGAACCAAGAAGCAGAGCAAUUCCACUUGCGACGCUUCGAAUUCGACGAGGGAAGGCAAGACACUGCCUGUUACAUUGACUCUACAGAGUCAAUCUCGUCACCUCCACGCACUCGCAAGUCUCGCCUCUCUCGAGCUAGCGUUGACGAUCUCCGUAGCGCCAGUCGCGAAGCCUCAUCUGCCUCGGCACUUCUUCUGCGUCUACCGGACCGAAGAGGAACGAACUCGACUGCUCACCUAUCUAUUCACGCCCCUGGUCUCUCCUCUGCUUCUGCACACUGGGCGCCUCUUCCCUCUCGCCUAGGACCCGACGCUCCCCUUCGAUCUGCCUUGAUCGUAGACGAGCUCUCAUCCUCGUCCAUCCCACUUGUACGUCUAGAGUCGGGCUCUCCUCCCGGACAGAGGCGGAAAUCAAGUCUUCCUCUGCUUAGGACAAGUCGGCUAUCGCAACACUCUUCAAGCAAGUCGUUUGAAGCGCAAGCAUCCUCCUUUCCCAAAAGGGGCUCGGCGAAGCGAGACUCCUCUGCACAUAGACUGGCAACGUCGUUCAGCACCGCAGACGUUGAUUGCCCUCCUACACUAUCUACCUCAGCUCUACAUAGGGUACGAGUGUCGAGUCCUCUCGUCUCCCGCGUUGCUGCCUGUGACUCUUUGAAGACAACACGCGUGCUACUGAGCCCCACCAUCUACGAGCAAGAACACAGCGAUCAGACCGAUUAUCUUGCGACCGAGCACUCACUUGGUGAGCCAGAUUCCGCCAUGCCUUGGUACGGCAACAACACGAGCAACACCACUGUGCAGCGCCAGCAAGGCUUCGGUGGUGCUCCUAUGACUCCAGCAGCCUCUGGAGCGGGAGGCGGCCAGGGGUACAAUGGAAAUGGAGCCCCCAAUGGCCAGUAUCAGCAAGGAGGCGCCAUUCCUGGCAACAGCGCCGAUGCAGGCGGCCCAGUGUAUCCGGCCCUCCAUCUGCAUCCUAUGAACGAUACCUUUGCGCCAAAGCAGAUUUCACUUGCUCCCCCCGGGCCCCACAACAAGGUCAAGGUGGGAAGGCAGACAAAUCAAAAGACGGCGCCUCAUCCUUCCAAUGGAUUCUUUGACAGCAAGGUUCUGAGUAGAAUGCACGCAGAGGUAUGGUGUCAAGACGGCAAAGUCUUCAUCAAGGAUGUAAAGUCUUCAAAUGGUACCUUCAUCAAUGGCGAGCGAUUGUCACCGGAAGCGCAAGAAUCAGAAGUAUUCGAAUUACACAGCGAAGACCUGGUCGAAUUCGGUAUCGACAUCGUAGGAGACGACAACAAGACCAUCAUCCACCAUAAGGUGGCCUGCCGAGUCUACCUCGUUCUGACUGCUGACGAUGCGGUCAACAUGCGUAACGACUUCGCAAACAUGUACAGGGCAGGCGCCGGUAACGGUGCUGGCAACGCCACAUCUACCACUCAUAGCUCAGCCAUGGGCGGCGCAUCAGUCGGACCUGGUGCUGAAGGCGGGCUAAGAAGAGGAAAGGGCUCGAUGAGCUUCGAUCACAUCCUUGGUCGACUGCAGAUGGAAUUGCAGAAGAGCCGGGAGACGGGCUCGGAGAUUGGCUCGCUGAACUCGACACUUGGUGAGCUACAAGACUCCCUUGGAGGCGGCCUUCCGCCCAUGCAAGAAGCUCCAUACCCGCACCUGGUACCCACAGGAGCUACAACGUCGGAAGAAGGUGCUGCCGAGAGUAACGCCACGUCGUCCGCUGCCGUUGCUGCCUUGCAAGCGCAACUUGCCGAGACACAAUCGUCCAUCUCAACACAAGUCGACAAGAUCCGGGCUCUCGAGUCGAUGCUUGCGGAGCAUGAACUCAUCAAGGCCGAAGUUGGAUCCAUCAAGAGUCAGAUGGAGGAGGCAAAGAGGGAGCUCGACGAGAUGGCAAAUUCAAAGAAGAGUCUAUCCGGGAACGGUAGUCAUACGCUGAGCGAACAUCUUUUCCAACGAGAUGGACUACCAAGCCACACAGGGAGCUUUGGCUCAGCUGAGGACUUUGAUGAUGGUGCCAGUAUGGCUUCCAUGGAUACCGUCACGCCAGGUGCUGAUGUGGGCGACGCUCCACGGGGAGCUGAUGAGAUUGAAGAAGCGGAUACCGACCCUGAGAUUUUGCAGAACCACGUAGGCCCUCGCGCACCUCCUGACAUGCCACCAGAGCUGGCUGCUAGGGAGGCGGCUGCCUCUGCUGCUGCUGCAGCCCAAGGGGCCUCAAAUGCUGCCAAAUCAGCUUCUUCUCUGGCAUCUCACGCCGACGAGCAACUCAAAGCACAGAACAAUGCUCUUGCUGCUCGACUUGACGUUCUAGAAUCUCAGCUAGAGGAGGCUCUGUCCUUUGGCCGGACACUGCAAACGCAGCACGUCUUGGCUACAGAAACGGUCAAGGCCUUGGAACAGAAGGUGCAGUCUCUCGAGAAGCAGGUGCAAGACCACUCACAAUCCGUCCAGGGCAAGAUCACAGAAGUCCUCGAGGGACGCUUCUCUCAGUGGAAGGACGAAAUCGAAGCGGGCUGGAAGCAAGAAAAGCAUAGCUGGGAAGAAGAACGUGACAGGCUGAGGGCCGUCAUUGAAGCGUGGGAUACUGCCAACGGCAGACUAGAGGAGCAGGCUGCUGCGCAAAUUGCUGCCGGUACAAGUUCCACUCCGCUAUCGGAGACAGGUGGCAGUAGCAGUCCAGCUGCAAGCGUUGCGGGCAGCCAAACUAGCGGCCAGACAAGAAGACGUGCCUCCAAAUCCGCCAAGCGGAGAGCGGCAAAACGCCACCUCAACCCUACUUUGCGAGCGCUUCUGUACAAGUCUUCGCACAACGAGCCUCUAGACGACGACGAGGGAUCUUACUCGAGCGAGGAAGGCGAUAGCCACUCUGGUAUCGCAAGUAGUAGCGGAGCUGCCUCCCCAGCAAGGCCUGGUCUCGGCGGUAAGAGGAGGAGCAGUAGCAAUUUCCCACACACCCUGCAAGAUAUCGGCGAGAACGCGAGUAGGAGCGUUCAAGAUGCGGGUAGAGGGGCUGCGUCCUCCCUAACAGCCGCAGGGGGAGGAGCUAUCGGAGGGACUGCCACGGACGGUACUCGCGGCGGUGGGAAAUCCAGCGGGGCAGACCCAAGCACCGGCGGUGGUCUAAGAUUAGAGAAACCACACGCAAUGGCGGGCCUGUCGGCGGUAGUGGCCCUAGUGGGCAUCGUCUACUAUACGAGCGCCUAUACCAAGUGUGGACCGACGAGCUGAGCGGAGCGUGCGGCGG